UAGCUACAUAAACCCAAACCCACCCAUUCGGCGCCAUAACUCUUCAUCUAUUUCUCACACACAUUCCCUCUCUCUCUCUCUCUCAGCUCCCUACCUCAAUAUCCAUUCUGAACAUAUACAUACAACAUCUAUCUAUAUCUCUGAAGCUCUCUUUAUUAUUCUCCAUUACAAAAGUAAGUAAAGCUUUAAAAACAAGUAACAUGGUACAAUCAAAGAAGUUCAGAGGUGUCAGACAACGCCAGUGGGGCUCUUGGGUUUCAGAAAUCCGCCACCCUCUUCUAAAGAAGAGGAUAUGGCUGGGGACUUUUGAGACGGCGGAGGAAGCCGCCAGAGCUUACGACCAGGCGGCGGUGUUGAUGAACGGGCAGAACGCGAAGACGAACUUCCCGGCUGCGGCGGUUGCCAAGGAGAAGAGCAACGGCAACGGCGGGGAGGCGACGCCGCCAAUCCCGGUGGAUGUUCUAAGCGCGAAGCUGAAGAAAUGCUGCAGAGAGCCGGCGCCGUCGAUCACCUGCCUGAGGCUGGACACGGACGGCUGCCAUAUCGGAGUUUGGCAGAAGAAAUCCGGCAAGGAUUCCGGCUCCAACUGGCUCACCAAGAUCGAGCUGCAGGGAAAGAAGAAGAAGAAGAAGAAAGUUUGCGCUACUGAAGAAGAAGAAGAAGAAGAAGAACGCCAAACCCCAUCAUCAUCCACUACUGAUAAUAAUGCAGGAGGAGGAGGAGGGUACUGUAAUUCAUGGGAUAAUAUAGUUUCGCCAUCUUCAUCAUCUUCAUUAUCUUCUUCUAACAAUUCUCUUGGGAUAUCAUCAUCAUCACCAGAUGAAUUAGUAAUUGCCGAUAUGGAUGACGAGAACAGAGUGGCAAUGCAGAUGGUUGAAGAGCUUCUUAACUGGAAUAUUCCAAACUCAUCAAUUCAUCAAAAUUAAUUUUAUAUAUCAUGUUCAAGAUAUGAUGUUGCUUUCAUGUUAAAUGAUGACACCAAUCUUUUACUUAUUAUAUAUUAAUUAUCAUGUAAAAUUAAUUAGGGUUCCCUUUUAAACCUUUAAUCUGUAUAACAAUAUAUAUAAAUAAUUAUUAAUUAGUAUUAUAUAUAUAGAGGUUAUUAUUGGCUUUAAGGUAGUCUAGCUAGCUAGUACCAAGAAAGUAAGAAGCCAAAUCUAUUUUAAUUUUACCCUUUUCCUUUUAUUGAUUUUCACCAUCUUAGUUUGAAUGUUGUAAAUUGUAAAUGAUGAAUAAAGUUAGUUGAUUUAUGAAUA